AUGAAGCUGGCGGAAGUAGUAAUGCUCCCCAAGGUUGUCAAGAGAGAUGAAACUAUCGGCAAGGGGCUCGAAAGAUAUACAUCUAGCCAAACAUUCUGGGCAGCUCUAAGGCAGGAGGCGAUCAGCCAGCAGCAAUUUGAAGCGCUUCCUAGGAGAUCAGGAACAGACCUGACUACUGCGUUUACUCACGAUGCAGAGCUCGCGCUAGCAAUAGGCACUGUAGUCAUUGUCGUUAGAAUGGAUGUACAAGGAGCUUCUGACGCUCUUAUAAAACGCCGACUUAUGAGCCGAAUGAUCAAGCAAGGAUGA